UCAUUAAUAAUGGUUUUCGGGUAUAUUCUUGGUAAUACAAUAUACCUUCUUGUAACAUUGCUUAUCGCUAUUUUCGCUUACUACAAAUGGAUAUACCAAUAUUGGCAAAAAAGAAACCUACCCUUUCUGGAACCUUCUAUACCAUAUGGAAACACUACGAAUCCUCGCAAUCGUAAGGAACACAUUAGUCUACAACUUAAACACUUUUAUGAUGAAAUGAAAGCUAAAGGCUGGAAACACGGUGGAAUUUAUAUGGUUCUAUCCCCAGCUUACUUAGUAGUAGAUUUGGAUUAUCUCAAAAACGUGAUGACCAAAGACUUCCAAUACUUUACCGACCGUGGAAGGUACUACAACGAGAAAGAUGAUCCUUUAAGUGCUCACUUAUUCGCCUUAGGUGGUUAUAAAUGGAGAAACUUGAGAACUAAACUCACUCCAACUUUCACUUCCGGGAAAAUGAAAAUGAUGUUUCAAACACUGGUGGACUGUGCUCCCGAUUUGCUGGCAAAAGUUGACUUUCAUCGUGUGAAUAAAACACCAAUUGACAUCAAGGAAACAGUAAGUUGUUUCACGUUGAAUAUUAUCGGGUCUUGUGCCUUUGGGUUGGAUUGCAACACUUUUAAAGAAGAAAACUCGCCUUUCAAAAAAUACGGUCAAAAGUUUUUUGUUAUGGAUAAGUAUAGAUUGAUGAUGCGAAUGUUUAUGAUAGUUUUUCCUAACGCUGCUAAGAAACUAGGAGUCAAGAUCACACCUUCUGAUGUUUCAGAAUUUUUCCUCACUGUUGUGAAAGACACACUUGACUAUAGAGCGAAGAACAACUAUAUUCGUAGAGACUUCCUACAGUUGUUAAUCGAUCUUAAAAGUGACAAACUUGGAGACAAAAACGGUUAUAACGGAAACGAUAACAGUUUAACAUUUGAAGAAAUAGCAGCUCAGUGUUUCGUUUUCUUCAUUGCCGGAUUUGAAACGUCAGCGUCAACUAUGACUUUUGCCCUGUAUGAGUUAUCGCGGAACCAAAAAAUGCAAGACAAAGUUCGACGAGAAGUAGAUACAAUUUUGGCAAAGUACGAUGGUAAGAUCACAUACGAAGCCAUCCAAGACAUGAAAUACAUGGAUAUGGUGAUCAACGAAACCUUAAGAAAAUAUCCACCAGUGUCCCAUAUCACAAGACGGUGCGUAAAAGAUUAUAAAACUCCAGAUAAAGAUGUUGUUAUCGAAAAAGGUACAAUGGUUUUCAUCCCAAUCCUAGCGAUUCAUCAUGAUGAGGAAUAUUAUCCAGAACCGGAAAAAUUCGAACCGGAGAGAUUUACUGAAGAAAAUAGGAGUAAGAGGCAUCCUUAUGCCCACAUUCCGUUCGGCGAAGGUCCUAGAAUUUGUAUAGGUGCACGUUUUGGAAUGAUGCAGUCGAAGGUGGGUUUGACGACUCUGCUUAAAAAUUAUAAGUUUACUGUUAAUGGGAAAACUGUAGAACCUCUUAAAAUGAACGCACAAGCAUCUGUUUUGGUUGCGGAUGGGGAGAUAUGGUUGAAUGUUGACAAAAUAUGAUUUUAGUUAUUGUAAAAUAUCGAUAACAUUUAGUUUAAAUUUAAAUACUGGAUCGAUGGGAGAUAAUACAAAACCGACCUGGAAGAAUUCUUCUCAAUCUUUGAUAAACGACACGAAAGUACGCUGUCUGUCAAAGAUUGGCUAAUGUUAUUUGUGCUAAGUGUAAUUAUGUUCUUAAAUAUAAACAUAAAUAAUAAGAAAUUAAUCUUC